CCAAAUAGGAGCAAGACAACUAAACCAAAAGACAAUAAAAAAUGACAAUAAUGCCAUGGACGAGUUUACAGUUGUUGGUUGCCGUCACCGUUCACCUUGCUACAGGUUUUGUACAAUUUUCCCCAAAUGACAGAAACCCUACCGAUGUCAGAAUAGGAAAGUCUUCGCCAUUGUAUGCAACGAUAGCCAACUCGACGACGGAAAUAAUGACGCAAGGUGUUCACAGAAGAAAGGAAACUAUAAAGAAACACACAUUCAAGGGUGACAUAAACCGUGCUUAUAGGAAUGGAAAGCCGAAAGGCCCCGUAAAGAAUGAAAAUCACCGACGAACUACGACUUCUCCAACAAUACAAAAAGUGAAGGCGUCUCCUCAAUUUCGAAACGGCAACAAUGGUAAAAAGAAAACGAGCAACAGAAACCAUAAGCGAAAGAAGACUUCAAAGGAGCAUCAAUUCCAAUGGCUUCAUUGGGUCUACAAACAAUGGGUCGAUACAUCUCCUGGCGAUCUGACCGAUGAAAAUGUGCUCAAGCAGAUGAUGGCAGCCAUUCCGAGAUGGUCGAAAAGGAAGUCUCCUGAAGCUGCGAAACGAGCAGAAGAGAUAUUGGAGCGUCUCAUUAGAGAGUCGCUUGCUGGGAAUCCUCACAUGAGGACGAACGCAACAACUUCAACGACUUCCGAAUCAGCAGAAGCUUCCUCUCCUUCUAUGAUGCUAACCGUAUCAGACUUCAACGCGGCAAUGGAUGCCUAUGGAAAAAUUGGAGAUCCUGCGGGUGUUCAGCGGAUCUUGCGACGAAUGGAAGCCUUGAGAAUCUCUUCCAUCGAAGACUUUUCUGACCUGCAACCCGACGAAUUCUCGAUGAGUACUCUCGCUACCGCUUGGGCCAAGAGUUACUCGGAUGAAGCAGCGCAGAAGGCAGAAGCAAUCAUUCAAUACAUGGAUUUGAAAGGAUUGAUUCCUAACACUAUUACGUACAACUCCAUCCUCCAUGCCAUUGCUGUAGGAAAUGAAUGCGAUAGGGCAUUGAAGGCCGAGGACAUUGUCCAACGAAUGAAACAGCGUCACGAAGAAAAAGGAGAAGAUUGUCAGCCGGAUGUGUAUACCUACCAGUCGCUAAUCCAGGCCUGGUCGAGGACAUCAUUGCCAGGGGCACCUCAAAAAGCGGAGCAAAUUUUGCAAUUUAUGGACGAUGAAUCUUCUUCGGGAAAGAAAAAUUGCCACCGACUGGCUCCAAACGCAUAUUGCUUUACCAGUAAGUAUGACUUCUAUUCAAAAAACAUAUUUCAUUCUUUCGUGCAUUGGAUUUGUCGAUCAUCUCAAUGUUUUUUCUCGUGUCUAAUCGCACUACAACAGCUGUAAUCCACACUUGGGCUCGUUCUUCUGAAAAACACAGGGCGAGGAAAGCCUACCAACUACUCAACGUCAUGACACGACGAUAUCACGACGCAAAAAGGAAUUUCGAAAGGAAAAAUACAAAAAGAACGAAAAGCAUGUAUAAAGCUUUAGAGCCGAAUGUGAAAACAUUCACUUCUGUCCUGAAUGCUUGUGCGAGGCCUGCCAGUGACUCCGAAAAAGCAGACGCUUUCGCAAUCGCUCAACUGACGAUGGCAGAACUAUCGGUUGGUACGUACGGAAAGCCGAACUUUUUAUCGUUUGCAGCUUAUUUGUCAGUAUGUGGAACAGCUCUGGAAGUUGGUCCCGAACGCGAUGCUGAAGUACAAAGAACUUUCGAAAAUUGCGUGAAAGCCGGCGAAGUUGCGCAGAUUGUUUUGGAAAAGUUGCAUUCAGCUGCCUCUCCAGAACUAUUGCACGAAUUGAUUGGCGCCUACCUUGACGACGGAGGUCAUUUUGCACUUCCUAAGCAUUGGACAAAAUCGAUCAAGGGGGAACGCCCAGGAGGCAAUACCUUCGUGAAAGCCGAGCUUUAUGAGGAAGAAGCCAGUAAGAUCUCGAAAGCGUCUCAGCAACGGCUUGAGGAUGUUUCAAAAUUUGGAGGUACAUCUAGUAUUUAUUCAGAAUCGAAUAUCGAUGUGGUAGGAAAGGGGGACGAACUUAUUUCGUGGUCGAAUGACGAGUUCAGUUGGGGUGCAAAUACUGGAAAAUAGAAUCGAAAAAAUGCUCUUUCCACAAAUCGAUAGAAUAAAUAUUAUCAAGGCAAAAUGUAGAUACUACAGUAGUAAUAGAAAAUAUAAAAUAUCAUUUAGU